UGAGACCAAGAUGGCCGGCGAUGAGGCUGGUUUGAGAAAACGAAAAAGAUCUAAUGUUGAAAUCUCAUCUCCAGAGAAAGACCCAAAAGAGACAGAGAAGGAGAAUGACAAAGAGAAGGGGAGACCCCUAAAAACAAAUACCUAUUGGCUGACACGUGUUGUUUUAUUGCGCUAUAUCGGUUUUAUAUACUUCGUAGCAUUCCUCGUAGCAUUUCAUCAAAACAAAGAACUAUGUGGCCGUCACGGUCUCAUUCCAGCCCAGAAGUUUUUAAAAAGAAUUCAUCAAGAAACUAAAGGUGUCAACAUGGAGACCUUCACCAGAGUUCCCAGUUUGAUUUGGUUAAUUGAUUACAAGAAGAACCUGGACAAGUUUCUGGAUUAUACAGCCUAUGUUGGACUGGCUCUGUCCGUGGUUGUCGUUGUGGUGGGCAGUGCCAACUGUUUCAUCAUGCUGAGUCUGUGGGCUCUUUAUCAUUCCAUUGUAAAUGUUGGCAGCACCUGGUAUGGCUUUGGCUGGGAAUCACAAAUAUUGGAGACAGGAUUUCUUGCGACUUUUCUAUGUCCGGUCUGGAACAUUCAUCCGAUACCAAGGAACACGCCCACAUCUAAAGUCGUCAUCUGGGGAUAUAGAUGGCUCAUUUUCCGAAUUAUGAUUGGCGCCGGGCUCAUAAAGAUUCGUGGGGAUCAGUGUUGGAGGGAUUUAACAUGCAUGAAUUAUCACUAUGAGACACAGCCAGUUCCUAACCCAAUCAGUUACUACAUGCAUCAGUCUCCCGAGAUCUUUCACAAGUUUGAGACUCUGACAAACCACUUUGUGGAGUUGGUGGCUCCGUGGUUCCUUAUCGGACCCCGUAGAUUGUGUAUGAUAGGUGGGGGUAUUCAGAUCUUUUUUCAGGUUGUGUUGAUAAUCAGUGGGAACUUGAGUUUCCUGAACUGGCUGACCAUCGUACCAAGUUUGGCUUGUUUUGAUGAUGCCAGCUUGUCCUGGAUGUUUUCCAAUAAACCCAACUCUAUCAGGGAUCAAGUGUAUGAUCUACAACACAAAGAACCCCCGACAUUAAAAGUGGGUAGCUAUAUAAGGCGAGUGUUCAACAUCAGUCUAGGUUGUCUGAUAGCUUAUCUCAGUAUCCCGGUGAUUCAGAACCUCCUCUCACCUCGACAGGCCAUGAACACUUCAUUUGAUCCCCUCAGACUCGUCAACACAUAUGGUGCUUUUGGAAGUGUCACCAAAGAGAGAACUGAAGUCAUUUUCCAGGGAACUUAUGACAAACCCCAUGAACCAAGUGCACGCUGGGAAGAAUAUCAUUUCAAGUGCAAGCCUGGAAACAUUACAAGUCGACCGUGUCUCAUUUCUCCCUAUCACUACCGGCUAGACUGGUUGUUGUGGUUCGCUGCUUUUCAGAAUUACCAGUAUAACCCCUGGCUAGUCCAUCUGGCGGUCAAGCUGAUGUCCAACGACCCUGGUGCAGAAUCUCUCAUUGCUCACAAUCCAUUCCAUAACAGAGACCCACCAAAAUACAUAAGAGUAGAGCAUUAUAGGUAUGUCUUUACAAAAAUGGGCAGCAAGGAUGCCAAACUUGGCCGCUGGUGGAAGAGGAGACACAUUGGAAAUUAUCUCCCGCCAAUAUCUCUGGACUCCGUCAAAGAUUUCAUGAAAAAUAUGGAUUAUGAAUAUCCCAGGAUACGAAGAAGGAGGAAACUAUGAUCUCAAUUUGCUUCUGUGGCAUCAACUUUUGUUCCCUACUGUCCAAUAAAUCAUGUUAGUCUUGGA